AUGCGACAGAAUAAAGUGCAACCUUUUUGCAGUUUCACAGUCAGCACAGCUGAAGACAGAUCUCAGACAGUGUUUGUAAAUAUAGGCCAUCAAGACUCAAGGAGGUUGCUUUGUUCAGCAAUAAUUUUACCCACUAAGCAACUGCGAACCAUCUCACCAGAGGCCUUGAGUCUAGAGCAUCUGGAAGAGCUGCACAUGGUAAAGCAGCAGAUUGUAAGCAUCCCCAGAAACAUCAAUUGCCUGAGGCAUAUGAAGAUCCUCUGCUUGGAUCAGAACCAUAUACGGGACAUAUGUGAAGAACUAGGGAAGCUGAAGUGUUUUCUGAGCUCAGAUUUAAGCAACAAUGCCCUCUCUUGUAGUUCACUGCCUGCUGUCAGCAAGCUGCAGUCCCUUCAUCAGCUCAGGCUCUAUUAAACAAACUUGCAUGGAAUCCCAGUGCAGAUCUGUGAAUACCUCCAUCAUAUUGAACUGCUUGGCCUUUCUGACAACAGUCUCAAGUGUCUGCCUAAAAAAAUAGUGAACUUGACAAAACUCAAGGAAAUUUACUUCCCAAAAAACAGAUCUGAGAGUUUUCCCAAGGAGCUUUGCCGUACUGCUGAUUUAGAAAUAAUAGAUUAGGAAAAAAAUCUAGUCAGUCUCAUCCCAGAAAAGGCAGGCCUUUUGACAAACUCAGUUAAGCUAUUUUUAGCUUUUAAUGACUUAUCCUCCAUUCCUCCUACACUGCAACACUGCCAGAAGCUGGGUCUGGGUCUGUCUCACAAUCUCCCGCACAAGCUUUCCCCACGUUUGGAGAAUCCCACUGAAAUGAGAGUACUCGGACUGUCUGCUAACAGCCUGGAGCAGUUCCCGCACCAGAUCUGCUGUUGGCCAUUCCUUUUCUGUGUUCAUCCAAGGAACUCCGGACUGCACACAGUACCCGGGUCCUUCACCAGAUUAACCAGUGCCAGGAUAUUAGAUCUGAGUGAAAAUUGCUUUGAUGAGAUUCCUAAAGGAAUAUGCACUAUGAAAAAUCUGGAAGUAUUUGCCCUAUAUGACAAUCAGAUACAGGAGAUACCUGUGAAAGAACUGACGAAUUUGAAAUGCCUUAGCCUGUCUGAAAACCGAUUCAGUAUCUUUCCAAAGGAAAUCUUUCUUCUGGAAUCAUUAGAGAGAUUAUACCUGGGACAAGAUAAAGGAAUUAAAUUCACAAGUCUGCCAGGAGAUAUCAGCAAACCGCAGAAUCUGAAAAAAAUGCAUAUGGAGAAUAAUUGCCUGGAGUACCUGCCCACAGCCAGCUCACUGACCCACUUGAAAAUACCUGACUGUCGCAAGCAUCUCCUUAAACAGGUCCCACUCUGUUGGCAAAAACUGGUCAUUCAGAACAAUUACCUGUCCCAGUUGCCUGAGGAUUUGGACAGUCCUCAGCAGCUGGAGCUGGUCCUUGUGGAUGGGCACCCUAUGACAGACCCUCUGACGGAAGUGUGCUGUCAGGGGGCAUCUGCCAUCUGGGAAUACUUAUGGGAAAAAAAGGAAAAGAAAGGAAAAGGAAAGGGAAAAGAGAAGCCUGUAAAAGCAUUGAAAGCCAAAAAGUGA